AUGUAUCUCACUGCCACGAGACCUGACAUUCUGCAAGCAGUAAGUGUUUUGUCCAGAUUUUUGAAUUGUGCAAGUGAAAUUCACAUGAAAGCAGCCAAAAGAGUGAUAAGGUAUGUCAAGGGAACUUUGGACUAUGGUGUUAAGUUCAGUAAAAGUCAGAAUUUCAAGUUACAAGGUUAUUCUGAUAGUGAUUGGGCAGGGUCAGUUGAUGACAUGAAAAGCACUUCAGGUUAUUGUUUUAGCCUUGGUUCGGGAUGUUUUUCAUGGUGCUCAAAGAAGCAAGAUAUCGUCGCACAGUCAACUGCAGAAGCUGAAUUUAUAGCUGCUGCAGCAACAGUUAAUCAAGCUAUCUGGCUAAGGAAGAUCUUGAUCUAG